UGUUUGCGUUCCAGAAAAGCUAUUGGUAUUCUCCCUAUCUAGGUGUCAUCGCUGUACCACGAAGGCCAACGUGGGCAUUGCGUACUUGGGCGGAUCUCCAGUAUAGUUGGACAUUACAUUGGGCUUUACUUCCUUGACGGAGCUACUUUCAGCGAGCCCUGCUUCGAACUUUGAUUUGAUUUCUCUACAGUAGUUCAGCCACUGUUUUCCCCAUGUUUACGAUAAGGGAUCCACGAGGGAGGGGCCUGCAUUACCAAAAGGGGGACCUGUUCUCCUGCCCUCCACAGGAGGCGCUGGCCCACUGCAUUAGUGAGGACUGCCGCAUGGGCGCUGGCAUUGCCGUUCUCUUCAAGAAGCAGUUUGGUGGAGUGAGUGAGUUAAAGGCCCAAAACAAGAAGACAGGAGAGUGCGCCGUGUUGAUGCGACACAAUCGUUUUGUGUACUACCUGAUCACCAAGAAGAAGGCAAAUCAUAAACCCACCUAUGAGAGUCUGAGGCAGAGUCUGGUGGCAAUGAGGACACAUUGUCGGGAGAACAGAGUUACCAGCCUCUCCAUUCCACGAAUUGGCUGUGGACUCGAUCGCCUGAACUGGGCAAAAGUGUCAGUGAUGAUCGAGGAGGUGUUCCAAGACUCCAACAUUCAAAUCACAGUGUAUACUUUGUGAGGGCUUGGCCGCCCUGCC